UAUAGACGCUUUCGCUCAGUCGCGAAAUGUCGGGAGAGCCGCGCAGGCGUGUCGCCUGUUCGUCCUCAAUUAAUCCCACAACCCUAAAAUAAAAAAAAUUAAACGUCAAAUUAACCCCGCCAAUCGAAGAUUGAAUUUCAAAAAUGGAAUUGGAUUUUCGUUUGUUUUCUAAUUCAAUAUGGCGUGAUUUAGUGAAGAUGUUUGUAAGUGACGUGUAUUGACUUUUUGUUUUGUUUUGUGAUAAUUUGUGAUAGCGAUGCCAAGUGGAUAUGGGUGUGAUAAUGAUAACUGUUUGUGGGAUUGGAUUGCUCAAUGCAUCGGACUCUAUGGAAAGGAAUCAUGGAGCAAAGCUUUCGUCUUUAUAAAUCGAAAAAACAUAAAAUUAAGUGGAAGUGUAUUCUAAACUUUAAUUGAACCAAAAUCUAAGUGUGGUGAUAUUUAGAAAGAAAUAAAAAUAAAAUUAAGAUGAUCAAGUGAUUUUGUGUUGAAAUGUGAAUUAUCUACUCAGUGAUGGGGUGUGGCCAGAGUAAAAUUAAUCUCUACCCGCGGAGGAACAAAAAUGGCGGCAAAGGGAAUAGUGCCAAAAAGUCAGGCGCAGCAGACAAAGAGGCGGAUGAGGAGGAGGGCCCGGCCGCGGGCGCGCAGCCAUCGGAUGACAAUGAGGACGAGCUUGAGCAGACCAAGCACAUCCUGCCGCUCACCAACCAUCAGCCUGUCGUCGAGGUGUCAGCCAGCCAGCAAGAUUUCUUCAAGAUGCUGGACGAGAAAAUUGAAAUGGGUAGAGACUACGAUUCUUCCAGCGAAACAGAAAUCAGAAUGGAACAAGAAAGGCGGAAAAUGCUUAUAGAACAAUGGCGAUCGACGUCAUUAUCCAUACAUUCCUCCCAAUCGCAGCCAAGUCCGCCCACGCCAGCCAGAAGACGAAUCCCAAGGCCGAUACCCCAACCACCAGAGCGACAGAACAGCCCCGGGUCAGGCAGGAGGUGCUACAGACAGCAACACGUCCCAGACGGCAUGUCACCACCACCCAGAAGGUCCCACAGCGCACAGUCCCACCACCCACCAGACCCCAGACAAAUCAACGGAGACAACUGGCAUGACCCCACAAAAUCCCCCGUCAAAAGACCGCAGAGUGCCGGAUCAAACUGGAAGAGUAACCCUAAAGUGGCGCCUUAUAAUCAAAAGCCUAGGAAAAAUGAAGCGAACGAAUAUAGACAACAGAACAACCAAGAUGGCCAAGGGCCAGGUCAGGAUAUGUCGCAAAUUACGUUUAACCCUACAUUCCAAACCCACAGUCCAGCUCAUUCAGCUAAGUCUCAACAGCCGUAUAUAGCACAGAUCAUUAGCUACCCGAUGUCGCAACAGGUGACUCCACCUUCUCCACCUAAGUAUAUCGCACCUCCUGAAGAGUACCAGGAUCCUCAGAACAAUGUUGUAGAUAAUGGUAAACAAAACACACAGCAGAGGCAGUCGCCAGUGACCCAAGCUAACCCUAAUCCUCAACCGCAUAUCUAUUACAUACACGGUAACUCCACUUCGGCGAUGGCGCAGGAUAUAGCUCAACAAAGACAGCAGACAGCCAUGCAUCUACAACAGUAUGUCGCCAUGAAACAAGCCCAGCAGCAAAUGUUCACAUAUCUACAAAGAAGUCCACACACAGUGUUCCCGAAUAUAGAUUAUUCGCAAAACCCCGCACCGAACCGUAUGUACGAGGGUGAAGAUUUUGUGGGUCAGUACGGUCACCCCGCGAUGAGACCGCACAGCGCGCCGACUCCCGUGGGAGUUGUCAGGCCCAUGCCGGUCGCGCCCGGCUUCAGUCCAAUGGGAGAUGGCACUCACAUGGUUCAGAUGCCGAUGUGGACACACAUGCCUCCUGUUGUCUCGACCAUGGGCCCCUGGGUCCCGGGUCAAGCGCCGCCAGAGAUGCAAUACUACUCACAGACGCAGUUCAUGCCGAUGUACCGGCCGAACUCGGCGGGGUCCGCCGGCACGCUGACGCGAUACCACAAGAAGGAGCCGAGUGACAGUGAAGUGAAGAAUAACGUGUGCCAAAGCAUAAAUCUAGUCAGGCAGAAGCCGAUAGGUCAGAUCGUGUCCCUGCCGGGGCAGGAGCUGACGGUGUGCAACAGCGUGAGUGACAGUCCCAGCCCCGCGUCCGUCAGCACGGACAGCGGCGUGUCCCCCGGGAACAGUGUGCCUAGCUCCAAAAACUUAAUGUUCAACACGCCGGCGCCCAGUGACACCUUCAAUUUAGAAAGUAAGAAUAAAAAAAAUAAAACUAUACAACAACCUAGAUCUCUGAAAAAUUCAAAAAGUCUAGAUUCUUAGUGAAAACGUUUGUAAUUAUGUAGAUUUUCUAAGUGUAUGUAGAUUAGUCAAUAUGGCUAUGUAAAGAAUAGAUAAUUAGAUUCCAAAGUGCUUAUUAUUAAGGUGCUUCUCGAGUUAUGUUCUGUUUUAGAACUCUAUCUACUGAUUUACUGUCCUGAGG